GUAGUGGGUUUCGAAACCAGUCCACUGUCGUUAUUGAGACGCUUCUCUACACUAUGGUUAAGGUCUAAUAGGAAGAUAGCAGAUGAAAGUCGCUGGAAAGUAAUAGCGAAUUUAACAUAUUUAUAAGAGUUUAAAGGUAAAUGUCGUUGAAUGGUCUUUUUAUUUUCAUCAACAGUGAAUUUUUCACUCAAAUUGCUUUUAAGUAAAAACUUUAAUGUUCAAAAUUACAUUCCCUCUUAUAAUAUUUUGCAUUUAUGCUGCUAAAAUGGGAUUGUUAACAUCUAUAUUGAUUCUCUAAUCUCUUGACUCCCCCGUUUGUGAUUCACGUUCUAAUAUACAUUGUUGUAUUUGAAAUACUGUAUAUAUAUAUAUAUAUAUAUACUCAUAUUUUAUUGGUGUUCUUUAUUGACCCAAUUCGAGUUAUGAAUUGUACUUUAAGAGUGUUUGAAACUAAUUAAUAUCUGACUGUAUAAUAUUACAGUUGCCAUUUUUUUUAUGGGAAGGGCUAGACAGGUGGGCACUACUGAAAGGUUGAAAACUGGGUCUUGGGUAUUAAAUUCUAUUGGUAACCGGGUCAAAAAGUAGGAGAUCGGAAACUUUCCCUUUACUAUUGCGACAACCAUUGUGUUUGAAAUUCUACCAAAAUGUGGAAAAGCCCUUUAUGGUAAAUUUUAAUUGAAAACCUGAAACAGCUUGCGCUAUUUUUCCAGUAUUUAUGACAGAUAUAUUGAUUGUUUAAAUAUAAAGGUGUGUUUUUUUUUGGGUAUAUAGACAACACUUGUUGCUGUUAACAUCUGGAAUAUAUUUAAACUUCUGUCUUAACCGUUGAACUUUUACUCCUUCACCCCAACACUUGACACUUUCCCAUGAAAGAAAAAUUAAUAUAGCCCCAUUUACAUUUUUCUAUCGAUAUUUGCGUUUAACCUUUUAAUCUCUUUUUAAUUUUAUUAUAUAUGACAGAAUAAGAAGAAGAAUGAUAAAAGAGUGUCAAUAAGUUUUCAUAAAUAUAAAUCUGUUUAUAUAGAGUUUAAAAAGUACGAAACUAAACAACAUCAAUCUUUCCAACUAGAACAGAAAAACAUAUUUUGAUGCACUUAAAUAUUGUUUGGUUACUACUAGAGCCUACUAACAAAUUUUAUUUUAAACAUGUAUACUAGUGUAAUUAUUAUCAUUUCUAUAAAAUAGCAAUGGCAAGAAAUUUUAGAGAAGAUAAUCUGGAUGCACUUAUUAUAAAUGAAAGAUGUUUUCAUAUUCCUUACGGAGAUGAAGACGUCGAUGCCGAAGUACAUCAUCUGCAGCAGUAUCCAUCUGCAAAUAAUUCUAUUUAUAUUGCGCAAUCUUGUUGUCAGAGAGAUAGCCAUAGAAAGAAGAGGAAACAUAGGAAGCAUAAAUCUAAAUCUCAGCAAGGCACGUCGAGAGAAGGUGAAGAAGGGAAUGAACUAAAUAAUGGAUAUGAACAUGUCUAUUCAAGGCAAAUAAGUACUGAAUCCAGAGUAUCAGCUGAUGGUAGAGAUUUGACAAUUACUCAAAGAGAUGCGUCGAACGCUAGAAUAACAGAGAUACUCCAGAAUGAAGAUAAAAAAGCACAUACAAUAUUCUGUGAAAUGGAUGAACUUAGAAGAGAUGAAAUAAGCGGAGUUUGUACAUUCCACGAAACUGCACGAUGGUUAAAGUUUGAAGAAGAUGUUGAGGAGGAAGGUCAGCGUUGGUCUAAACCGUACGUUGCAUCUCUUCCACUGUAUUUUCUAUUUCAAGUACGAGAUUGCUUUACAAAUCGUACAGUAUUUUGCUUGGAUAUUGAAGUUAAUAAUAGAGCAGGAAUUCUAAAACAUAUACUCUCUGACUUGUGUCAAGAUCAAUUAAUUCCGUUUGAAAAGAAGGAGGAAGUCUUUCUAACAAUGAUGUCACAAGUUAUCCAUUUGCACGAAGUUACAAGACAACGUAAUGGAAUUCCGUUGUUCAAGCGUACUUUCUCUGAAAUUGCCAACAAUAAUAGAAAAGUUAACGUCAAUGGUAAUCUCGGAAGUAGAGGUAGUGAACAUAAUCUACUAGAUGGGAAUGUAACCAAUGGAGUCAUUCAUAAGCAAAAUACUCACUUUCGAAAGAAGAUACCUGCAGAUGCUGAAGCGAGUAACGUUAUGUUGGCUACAAUGGAUUUUAUAUCUGAACCAGUAGUAGGAAUAGCUCGUUUGAAAAAGAGUAUUCAUCUAGAGGAUGUUACCGAAGUAAGUGUUCCAACUAGAUUUAUGGUAAUUAUCCUUGGAUCGAUUAAUUAUAAAAAUGAAUUACACGAAAUUGGAAGGUGUAUAUCCACAUUAAUGGCCGAUAAUAUUUUUCAAGAGGUUGCUUAUAAAGCACUGGAUAAAAGUGAUUUCUUGGCUGGUUUUGAUGGAUUUUUAGAUGAGGUUACAGUGUUACCUCCAACUGAAUGGGAUCCAAAAAUAAAAAUAGAACCACCAAAUUCUGUUAGAGAUCCGGAAACUAGAAGGCAAUCGGUAAAAACUGGAAAUUUCAAAAAAUUACUUUUGAAUAUUGAUGAAGAAAAUGAAUGUGGCUAUCCAGAUGCUGGAUUAUGUAGAACAAAUCGUAUAUUUGGCGGUUUUCUUAAUGAUGUAAAACGAAGGAAGGGACACUAUUUAAGUGAUUUUAAAGAUGGCCUUCACAUUCAAUGUAUAGGAUCUCUUUUUUUCAUGUACUUUGCGUGCUUAACACCAAUAGUAACAUUUGGGGGAUUAUUUGGUGAUGCUACAGACGAGAAUUUGGGAGUUAUGGAGAGUAUUCUUGGAGCUACAAUUUGUGGUAUUGCUUAUCACGUAUUUUCUGGUCAACCUUUAAUAAUAUUAGGAGCAACAGGACCAAUUUUAGUUUAUGAAACAAUAUCUUAUCAAUUAUGCGAUGAAUGGAACUGGAAUUAUCUAUCAUUUAGAUUUUGGAUUGGUUUAUGGUGUUGUGCAAUAAUAAUAGUGAUUGUAGCUUUCGAUUUAUCAUUCUUAGUCCGUUAUAUAACGCGUUUUACAGAAGAAUCAUUUACGUUUCUAAUAGGAGCUAUCUUCAUUGUUGAAGCUUUCAGGAAUAUUUAUAACAUUAAGUAUAAGUUUCCAGUCAAUUUUCAUCCUAAUUGGCAACAUCCACCCGAUUAUUCUUGCCAUUGCCUUCCACCAUCGAAUAAUAGUUUUAAUAAUAUAACGGACAAGAAUAUCACUGACGAUUACUUUUACGUUUCCAAUUCGACGACAAACAAUAAUUUAUAUGUAAAUUAUUCGCAAUUAAACUACAAAAAUUGUCUUAGGAUGAAUGGAACUGCUAUUGGAUCGGGUUGUGGAGCAACGGUAUACAAAGAUAACAUAUAUUUUUUAUCAAUAAUACUAUUCGCUGGCACGUUUAUCGUUGCAAAAUGUUGUAAAUCCUUCAAAAGUACAAGAUUCUUUCCAGAAAGGGUUCGAGUGAUUAUAAGUGAUUUUAGCAUUUUUAUCGCUAUUGUCGUAUUUUGUAUUGUUGAUUAUAUAUUAGAUUUACCAACACCGAAACUAAUUGUUCCAGAUAAAUUUCGGCCUACAAGAGAAGAUAGAUCUUGGAUAAUACCACCGUUUAAUGAUAAUCCAAAAUGGACAUGUAUAGCAGCUUUAGGACCGGCUAUUGUUGCAACAAUUCUUAUAUUUAUGGAUCAGCAAAUAACGGCUAUAAUAGUCAAUCGUAAAGAGCAUACAUUAGUAAAGGGUAGUGCCUACCAUUUGGAUCUUUUAAUAGUUGGAUUAUUGAUUGGUCUGUGUUCAAUUCUUGGCUUACCUUGGUUCGUUGCGGAAGCGGUUUUAUCUAUAAAUCAUGUUAGAUCUCUAUCAAAAUUUUCUAAGUGUUCUAUACCGGGUGAAAAGCCAAAAUUUCUCGGUGUUCGAGAGCAAAGAGUUACUGGAAUUUUGGUUUUUGUUCUGAUAAGUCAAAGUAUAUUCAUGACGCCGUUAUUGAAACACGUACCAAUGCCUGUUCUAUAUGGAGUGUUUCUCUUCAUGGGAAUAUCAAGUUUAAGAGGGCUUCAAAUUGUUCAAAGAAUAUUAAUAUUUUUUAUGCCAAAGAAAUAUCAACCAAACCAUCCAUACCUCCGACACGUUCAGCUGAAACGCGUUCACUUGUUCACAUUAAUACAGGUAACAAUCAACUAGACGAUAUUUAUCAGUUAUUCUAGUUUGGAUAAAAAAUAGUAAUAACUUUUUAUUUGUUAGUUAUUUUGUUUAGCUCUUUUGUGGUUAGUGAAGAAAAUGCCACCCGCUUCAAUAGUAUUUCCGCUUUUGAUAUUAGGAAUGACAGCUAUUCGUAAAUUACUAAACAGUUUAUUUAGUAGAAACGAAUUGAAAUGGUUGGAUGAUAUUAUGCCUGAAAGUCACAGAAAAGACAGUGAUUCAAGAAGAACUCGAUUACAAUUGGAAGGCGAUGGCGAUACUAUUGAAGUUUCAAGGGGAACUGUAAAUUUUGAACUACCUGAUGGAAGAGUUCUUAAAAUACCAUUGGGAACGAUUCAUUACGAUCGCGAUACAAAGCAGUUAAAUAUCUGCGAAGAGAUAAAAACUAAAGUUGAAUCAUUAGACGAUCUAUUAAUGCAAUGUAAUAAAAAGAAACCUCAAGCACUGAAAUCGUUGCUAAGAAAAUCAAGUAACUUUACGGAGAAUGAUGAAGAGGAAAAUGUACAAAUUUUACCGGCCGUUACAAAACCAAUAGAUGAACCCGAUGGAAAGAAACCCAGAAGAAAUAGCGUCAAAUUUUUCAUAAACAAGAGUGACGAAGCAGCCGUAGAUUGUCAUAUUUAAAAAGAAGAUACCAUUCAUUCAAAUCUUCUUUCAUAUGACAAAAGGGAAAGAAUACGAUGAUUUAUUUUAAUCAUUUUAUACAUCAUAUAUCUAUUUUUAUCGUUUUAUUUUUUUACCUACUUUUUUUUUUGAUCUUAUCUUUUUAUAAAAAAAAUUAGCUUUAUAGAUAA